CACAGGUACCUUUGACCGGAGCGUGACCCUGCUGGAGGUGUGUGGGAGCUGGCCUGAGGGCUUUGGGCUGCGGCAUAUGUCCUCCAUGGAGCACACAGAGGAGGGCCUCCGGGAGCGGCUGGCCGACGCCAUGGCUGAGUCACCCAGCCGGGAUGUCGUGGGAUCCGGAACAGACACAGCCCUUGAUGUAGCAGUAAAAAACUUCACCCCUGAGAGACACAUGGCUGUGAAGUGCUUUGAACUUCAGCGAGAGGGAAGCAUCGAGACUCUGAGUAACAGCUCAGGCUCCACAAGUGGCAGCAUCCCAAGAAACUUCGAUGGCUACCGGUCUCCACUCCCCACCAAUGAGAGUCAGCCCCUCAGCCUCUUCCCUACUGGCUUCCCGUAGGUACCAGCAACCUGCUUCUGACUGGCCGGCCCACUCCCCUGAUGGAGGAGGGGAGAAGCCCCUCUCUGGUCUGCCCUUCAGCCUCGGCUUCUCUUUCACCAACCAUCUUCCCAAGCUUAGUGACAGCAGCCACCCAUCCUACCUGGAUCGAGAAGAGACCCUUCUCCCAAGCACCUCGGCGCACCCUGGCCUCUGCCGCACCUAUCAGUGGGGCUGUGGCCAAGAGAGACUGCGGAAGUUUGGUCCCCUUCUGUGUUUGCACAUGACAUCCUGCAUUGGAUCCGCUUUUGUAUUUUUUAACCGUCCCCUCGGGGGCCCUGGAACAGUGACCAGAUCUUGGAGCCUGGGUGGGGAGAGGGUGGAUGGUCCAGCCGGGCACCUUGACCCUGAGUGGACAGUCUCAGCUCCAGCUCACUUGUGGCUGUGACACACGCUGCCCCUUGCUCCCCUUGGUCAGCUCCCUCCAGCAUGGGAUGAACUGAAGCCCAGCGUAUUAGGGAAGGAGGAAGGAAAGCGACGCCUCCCCUUCCUCCUUUCUCUCCCCAUCAGCUCAUGGGAAGAAUCUGUCCUUCUUAUCUUUAAGCCCUUUUGCCCUGGUCCUGUACUGUUCAGUGAAGGAAACUGUGGUUACUGAGGCCCUGUCGAAAAGUGCACGUCUUGUCCAAUAAAUCACGCUGCAAUUGGUGUCCA